GUGCAUGAUGUAACUAACUCGCAUAUGAAAUUGUCUGAUAUAGUCUUUUGGUCCGUGCACCAAUUCUUUGUUAACGACCACAACUUUUCAUUUUCCAACAUUGACUUUUUCUUACUUCUUCUUCUUUCUUUCUCUUGUCGACCGCCAUAAUGUCUUCCCAGGAUGAAACCGUGCAAAACCUGCACGAAGACGAUGCUCAAUCGGCCAUUUCUGUACCUGACUCCGGAGAUGCUGGCGAAGGAGGAAAGCUCAAGAUGAUUGUUCAGCUAGUGAAGAAGUGCCUUGGAGUGAAAGAUAUUGCUUCCAUGCGGCUCUCACUACCUGCUUCUUUACUGGAGCCAAUACCGAACCUCGAGUUUUCUCAUUAUCUGGAUCGUCCUGACAUUUUUGCUGCGAUUAAUGAUUAUGAUGACGCUUUCGACCGAAUGCUUGCAGUUAUACGCUUCGCUGCUACUAAAGAUCUCAAGUACAUUAGGGGCAAAGUCUGCAAACCAUACAACUCAGUCCUUGGAGAACACUUUCGCUCCCACUGGGACGUCCCGCCCGUUUUACAUCCUACUGAUCCUGAUGAACCGCCCGUCGCCCAGGUGUUGGUGACGGCUCCUACGGCAUCUGGGCUUACACCGCCUGAAACAACAUACAAGAAUCCUUCGGAUGCCGCUAGUAUCAAGAGCUCCAGGAGUUCCAAGAGUUUCAUGAGCGGUCUUACUCCCAAGAGUCCCUCCACCGCCGCCACCUCUCCGCAGCAGCUUGCUGACGGCGAUGUCAGUGCCCAGAUCUCCCAACUCAAUUUAGGAGAGCCUGUUGAUGAUAACUUGCGCGUUGUGUACCUCACAGAACAGAUUUCGCAUCAUCCCCCUAUAUCCGCCUACUACGGCGUUUGCCCUUCUCGUUCGGUAGAAAUGCUUGGCGUUGAUCAGAUAUCCGCCAAGGUUUCUGGUACGACGCUCAAGGUUGCACCGGGAAGCUACAACCAAGGCAUGUUUAUCAACAUCACUGGAGGGCACGGAGAAGGGGAAAGGUACCAGGUCACCCAUCCCGUCGCAUCAGUCAAUGGUAUCUUGCGCGGAAGUUUCUAUAUCACUGUGUCUGAUACAACUAUAAUCACCUGUACUGGCGGCCGUCACGGCCAAAAGUUUCGCACUAUCAUAGAGUACAAGGAACAGUCAUGGUUGGGCAAACCCCAUUUUCUACUAGAAGGGGUCAUCCACACGGUAUUCGAGGGCGAUACCCAGCAUGAAGAAUGGACAAAGGUUAAACAUGUACCACACUCUCGAGUUGCCGCGGUCCUUGAUGGAUCUUGGAGGGGACUUAUUCGCUGGAAGCGAGUUGGUUUUGGAUCAUACCCUGCAGCCACACCAUCUGCCUCCUCCUCUCCGAACCCGUCACAUAUUGCACUACCAUCUGCAUCAAAUCGAUCCUACGGUGCAGCUUCCAAAGCUGAUCUCACAGGACCGAGUGCCGAAUUUAACACCUUGAUUGAUUUAUCAACAUUAUGGGUCGUUCCUAAGCAGGUGCGUCCGUUGGAGAAACAAUUGCCGACGGAGAGCAGAAAGCUCUGGGAGGGUGUGACGAGUCGGCUUUUGAAGAAAGACUUUUCUGAGGCCACGAAGGAGAAAGUUGUUAUAGAGCAGAAACAGCGGGAUGAAGCUGCUGAGAGGAAGAAGAAAGGUGUUUCAUUUGUGCCACAGUAUUUUGAAGAAGAUAUUUCAUCUGGUGUCCCGACUCUUACCGAAGAGGGGCGCAAAGCUAUUGCGGAAGAGCUACAAGAGAUUGACGAGGAACAAGGGGAAGCUGAAGCGAAGACUCCGCGAGCGUAGAGAAAUUUUCACAUUGCUAUGCCUGCAUUCAUUAAUAGACGUACCAUCGACCUCUCUUUUUGCUCGUUACCCCCCUUUCUUAUGUACUAUAUAUCUCUUACUAUUCAGACGUCGAGUCCUAUCUGGUUGGUCGUUGAAGCUCUAUUUUGUCAUGAAUCUAUGAUGUUUUUGUUUCUUUGCAUUGAACGUUC